AUGCGCGAGCUCCGUAUCCAGAAGCUCGUUCUCAACAUCUCCGUGGGCGAGUCUGGUGACAGGUUGACAAGAGCGGCCAAGGUGCUGGAGCAGUUGAGCGGUCAAACACCCGUCUACAGCAAAGCCCGCUACACCGUCCGCACAUUCGGUAUCCGCCGUAACGAGAAGAUCGCCGUGCAUGUCACGGUCCGUGGCCCCAAGGCCGAAGAAAUUAUUGAGCGUGGCCUCAAAGUCAAGGAGUACGAGCUACGCAAGCGCAAUUUCUCGCAGACCGGCAACUUCGGCUUCGGCAUCUCUGAGCAUAUCGACUUGGGCAUCAAGUACGACCCGGCGAUUGGCAUCUACGGAAUGGACUUCUACUGUUGCAUGACACGUCCCGGCGAGCGCGUAGCCAAGCGCAGACGCUGCAAGUCUCGCAUUGGCGCUUCGCACCGCAUUGACCAAGCCGAGACGGUCAAGUGGUUCAAGAACAGGUUCGAUGGUAUUGUGCGGUAA